AUGAGCCAAAUCGUACGAUACUGCCAAUACGCGGUUUCUUCACAAGUAGAAAGUUACCUCCAUCAACCUAUCAAAGAUGAUCCCAUAGGAUGCGUACUUCAGCACAUCGUCGUGAAUCAAGAUGAUCAUGUCACCAAGACUAUCGCAAGUGGUCCCCACGUUCAAGGCGUGGAUCCGUACCCAGAACGCGGCAUCACACAAGUGAUUCCUGCGCAACGACAUGAUGAUUCCUCUCAGGAUGAAGAUAGAGGCGGGUCGCUUGCUACGAUUCUACGAACGGCUUACAAGGACGAUCCUGAGUUUGCUGAAAAGUUGGUUGCGUCGGUACAGCAGCUUCCAGUACGUGAGCGACGGUUCCUCGAAGCCCCCGGUGACUUCAUACCCGGGAGCACGUCACCAAUCGAUGAUUCGGUAACAGAGACCGAUGAGUUUUCGGAUGCCGAGGCCUCAGAAUCCGUCUGUCAUGGCACACCACACACUGACGGUCACAGCCGGCGCCACUGUAACGACUCAGAAGAGACGCCGACCUCGUCGCAAUCAGCCAAUUGCGGGAAAGGCGCAUCCUCAGCUGGUCCUGGAAAGCCUGGAAACACAGACGGUACUUAUCGCAAUAAGCGCCAGAAACAAUCUAGGAAGGGCAAGGAGAAGGCUGACAACAGCGAGGACGAGGAUGAAGACGAUGGGCCUUCUCCAGAAACCUCAAAGAACCGCAAAAAGCCCGCAGAUGAUCUGCCAUGGUCUUGCCCUUAUACCUGGAACAUUUCUGGAAGCAAAAAAGAUACCAUGAGCUCCACCUGUUACCCCAAGUACAAGAAGCGAACGCGAUGUAAAUGGAAGAACCACCUGGAAUUUGUUCAUACAGACCGUGGAAAGGGUGGUUCACCGGAAUACAUCAUGAAACCAGAACAGUGGUCCGACAUCUUAACAGCCAUCGAUCAAGCCGACGAUAAACGUCCUCAGCUGCCAAAACUGCGACUUGAUUUGGCCGAAAGACUCUGGAAAAAAGUGUACACUAUCCUGUUUCCCAACUCUGACCCGCCAGACCAUCCUUCUAUCGGAGCCACGAUCACCUCUCAUGCGAUGAAGGUUAUUGACAAAAUAGUAUCCGUGAACGCCCUGGAAUCUGUCAACGAGAACCCUCACCCUACAGGCGAAGCGUCCGCGGCCGAGCUGCUAACCCCGCCGGCGUCGUCGAUUUGGGCCAUGUUCGAAAAGGCUAUCACCAUCAGCACGCAGACAGCGCUGCGUGACUCCUUGCCGUAUCUGGCUGAGACUGCACACACCGGCGAAACCUCAGCUUCAACGGACACCUUCGGCGAGGGCGGAAGGAGACUUACAACCCGGGCCAAAGAUGCUGGAGGACAAAUUCACAGUAUCGGGGGAAACAACAAAAGUCAUCCUCAUGCUCAAAAGACUGGCCGAUGGACCUGGCCAGGAGCCAUCUCAUGA